AUGACCAGCGCUCCCAAGCCUGUCCUGACGCCGGAAGAUGAAGCCUACCUACGCGAAGUUACCGCCCAGGUGGGAUCUGAGCCCAUCCCAACAGAGCAGAAUGGACAAACCCUAACAGGAAGUGCUACCGGGGCGUCUCUACAACCUGCGAUAAGCGAACCGCCCGAAAACAUCCCUCUACCCACCUCUCCUGGAGAAGAGUUAGGAAAGGAGCUUGGGGAGGAGGGUAGGCAAGAACGGAGGAGCUCUCAGCCAACAUUGGCAAGAUCAGAGACACCAAAGUCGGAAGUCUCGAAACCUUCGCAGAAGAAGAAACGGUGGAGUACCAUGUUUUGGAAGAAAAACACAGCGAAGGCCAAAGACGCCCAGGACGAAGCCGCAACUCCUCCGACCACAUCAGAUACAUCAACAGAUGGGAAAGACACAGAUAAAGAUAAAGAUGCCGAGGAUAUGACAGAUAUCCUGGAGCGAUUGAACCUGGCAGCGGAUAAUAACCGGGUAUUUUCGAUCAGUGAAGAAACGCAAGAGCUUUUACGCAAGUUCAAGCUCAUCUUCAAGGACCUGAUCAACGGAGUCCCAACUGCCUACCAUGAUUUGGAGAUGCUGUUGACCAACGGGAAUCGCCAACUACAAGAAACCUAUACAAAGCUGCCUGGUCCCAUGCAGAAGUUGAUCGAGAAACUUCCCGAGCGUUGGACAGAGACUUUAGCCCCAGAGAUGCUGGCGGUUGCUGCCGACCGCGCUGGAAAGAGCGGUGUCAACAUGGAGAACGUGGGUAAGGCUGCAGCAGCUGCAGAGAAGAUGGGGCUCAAUCUCCCAAGUCUAAAGGAACUUGUGUCGAAGCCAGCUGCUCUCGUAGGAAUGCUACGAUCCAUCAUGGCAUUUCUGCGAGCUCGAUUCCCUGCUGUUAUGGGCAUGAACGUGCUCUGGUCUCUGGCACUAUUCAUCCUACUCUUCGUGCUCUGGUACUGCCACAAGCGCGGACGCGAAGUCCGUUUGGAGAAUGAGCGUCUGGUGACGGAAGAAGAGAUCACUAAGCUAAAUGAAAAUACGUCCGAGGGUCUCAUUCGCCCCACUGAGACUUUAACCACAACCGCACCACCGGGCGCUUCGUCGGAUGAAAUACGUGAAGGCGUGAGAAAGGUAGAGGAGGCCCGCGCGGCUUCUGUCGAACCUGCUGCCCCCGCAGAAGUGGGGAGCGAAAACCAACAAAGUACCCGGCCAGCGGCAGUUCCAACCCGGUCGAAAUCUCGUUUGUCCAUGUUUGGUCGAGCCAAGACAGAGCCUGUGCCUAGUAAUGUUGCUCCUUAUCCUGGCACUUGA